GCAAACAAGCCACUGUCCGUUUAAUAGACACAUCAGACUCGGAGUCGGGGUACAAGAAAGCUUUUUUGCGUGGCCGGAAAAUGCGGACGCUAGUACUAGUUGGAUCAGCUAAUUUCACAUAUACCUGGUGCCCUCUAGCUCGACGUCCUUUCUUCACUCUUUCCGUUCGCCACCGCCCCAAACUCAAAUUCUCCACUUCUUCGGAUAAGGCAUGUAGGAGCUACAUUGACGAGGAAUGUGAUGAGGAUUUUUUGCCGUGGUUGGAGCAAAAAGCAUGUACAAAAAUAUCGUCCACGCUUUCCAUUGGAAAAUCUGCACAUGGAAGGGCUCUAUAUGCUUCCAAGCCCAUACAAGCUGGGGACUGCAUAUUGAGAGUUCCUUACAGCGUGCAACUAGCACCAGAUAAUCUUCCUCCGGAAAUUUGUUCUUUGUUUGGAGAUGAAGUUAGCAGUGUCUCAAAAGUUGCUCUACUCCUGCUGCAUGAGCAGAAAAUGGGUCAGAAAUCUGAAUGGGCUCCAUAUAUCCGCCGGCUUCCUCAACCUUUUGAAAUGCAUAACACUAUAUUCUGGAGUGAUGAUGAACUGGAGAUGAUUAGACAAAGUGUUAUAUACCAGGAGACCAUCAAACAAAGGAAUCACAUUGAAAAGCAGUUUAUGGCAAUUAAACCAGCCACUGAUCAAUUCCCUCAAUGUUUUGAAGAUGUCUCUCUGAAGGACUUUGCUUAUGCUCAUGCUUUAGUUUUAUGGACUCGAACAUUUGGCGAUGACCUCUUUCUUGACAUUCCAGUUACAUCUCGAGCAUGGGAAAGCUCGAGGGGUGUCUCGAUGAUUCCAUUUGCAGAUUUUCUAAAUCAUGAUGGUACUUCAGAGGCAUGUCUUAUGAGUCAUGAAGGAAAACAGCUCUCAGAGGUCAUUGCUGAGCGUGAUUACAGCCCUGGUGAUCAGGUGCUAAUAAGUUAUGGAAAAUUUUCCAACAGUAGCCUAGUUUUGGACUUUGGCUUCACAGUUCCUUACAACAUUUACGACCAGGCUCAAGUUGAGCUCAAUAUACCUCAGCACUAUCAUCUUUUUCAGAUGAAGUUGGAACUUCUGCAGAGAUUCAAGGCACCAGCCAUUAAAGAUGUCAAUGAAUUUAGCUCUUCUGAGAAAUUAUUUACAAUCAAGGAAGUGAAGUUUGCUUCUAAGAAAGGGAGGGGAAUUCCACAAUCUUUUCGUGCAUUUGCUUGUGUACUAUGUUCAAAUGCUCAAGAAUUGAGUGAUUUGGAGUCAGAAGCUGCACAAAGCCAUGGUAGGCUGGCUCGAAGUCCUUUGAAAAACAAAAGCAGGGAGAUUGAAGCACAUGAGUUGAUACACUCAAAAAUAACUGAACAAAUCAAUGAAUAUGAUGCAUGUAUCAAGUCUCUGGGACCAUCCACCUCUCAAAACUUGGUUAGAAAACAUGCUUUAAGGAGACAAAUGGCUCAUGAUCUUCUUAGUGGUGAGCUUCGUGUUCUGAAGUCUGCUUCUGCAUGGCUGAAGAAGUAUUGUGCAACCUUAUUAGAAGGAUAGAGUGUAGGGUUCUAUUCUACAUAUGGUGAUCCAGUUUGAAGGUGGCCUCAUCUUGGAACUUAAGAGGGAGGUUCCAAUUGGUUUUCCAAUUCUCCAACCGCACACAAAGCUUGCUGAUAGUCAGACGAAUGGAAGUCGGUUUAUCACGUGCCUCCUCAUCGACAACCUAACAGAAAGCAGGAAGUUUUAGAGAUGCAUUACUCGUACAACAACAGUAUGAUGGUAGAGAAGGCAAGGGGCAAAAGUGCUGGAGUUGGCCAUGGCGCAUAGAACUCCUGUCGAGAAGUUCAUUGCUUAUUGUUGAGGGAACAGAAGUUAGUCGUGGGGUUGGGUACUGAAAAAGUAGUAGGUUGUUACAGGGGUUAAUUACUUUUUUUCUUCCCUGUUCUGUGGGCAAACUAUGAAUCAAGAUUUAGCCAAAUUGUAUUCAGCUCCCUUGUCAGUAAACACCGGAUGCAGGCCAUGGAUGGGUGGAGUGAAAUGAAAUGAAAAGCAAGAACUUUUAUUUGAAA